AUGGUAACUCUUUACUUGCAACAACGCAUUUCAUUCGGCGCGUGUUUCGAGUCUUUCUCGUACAACAAAGACAACCUUUUAUUGGGCAAAGGCUUAAUGCUGGUUGAGCUAAGAAUGUGUGGAUUAAUCAAGGACCAAGACCGUACUUCAAGGAUGGCCUAUGCUGCUGAGGCUUCUUGUGGAUUGAUGGUGCUCACUGGCCAGUUGAUCGGG